AUGGCUGGUCUGGAGUGGAUAUUGUGGGAGAAGAAAGAAAUGUGGGAUGGGCUAACCGUGCGGCAGAUGCGCAGAAAACAGAAACAGUUGAAAUACUCGCGAGCCUCCUCCGACUCGGGCUACCCCUCCUCGCUCAGUUCCGGCAGUACAUUCCCCCUUAUUGCCUCAUCCUUAACUCCACGCUUGACGUGGCAUUCCAUUCCAUUUCUGACCGCGUGCAUCUCAGGCCUCUCGCCUGCCUCUCCUCGUUCGCCCUUCCAACCGCGCGAUCAUCUCGAAAGUCUGUUCUUGAAGCACGGCUACCCCACUCCGGUCUCUCUGUCCUCCCUGCGCGACCUCACGGCCACCUCCUCCACUUAUAACCCGCCCUCACCCUCGCCUUCGCCUUCGCCGCCGCGUGGCUCUCGUCGCGCUCGUCGUCCAUCCUACUCUCGUCACUCUGAGCCCCCUAUCGACGCCUUCGGGUCGCUUUCCCUCUCAUCGUCUUCGACUCGCCCUAUUCCUAUCCCCCGCCGCCGGGGAUCUCUCUACGAAGACGACCUCCCCGUCACCCCGUUGACGGGUCGAUUCGAUAAAGAUUCCUAUUUCGAGGAUUGGGAGCGUGCCUCACUGUCGGCCAAGUCCAGGCACUUCUCGCCUCCAUCAUCCCGACCAGGCGAUCGUGCCCGGUAUCCAAGAAUGCGCUCCGACCACUCGCCCUUCAUCUCGCCAGUUGGUUCCCCCAUCAUGUCUCCACGUCGCCCCAGUUCCCCGCAGCCCGCACGCUCACGCACUCAGAACUCGGCCAAAUCCGUGCCGGGCUUCCAUCUGGGCAACCUACCUCGUUUCCACCCAGCGGUGUAUCAAGCCGAUCCAUCCGGUAGUAGCGUUGCCGGACAGCCGCCGUCCCCGCGGCAAUCCCGGGUGCCCAACUAUCGCCCGUCAUCCAGCUCGCGUGAUUCGAAAUGGCAGUACCGGGACUUUUUCGAAGGUACUGGCCAAAGUCCCUCGGCGCCUCGUCUUGAUCCGCUGAGCAGCCCCGGUCCCGUCACGCCCUUGGCGCUCGAAGCUGGCGACUAUCUGGCAGCCGGCUCUUCCGGUGCAGCAGACCAACGAGCCCCUCGUGAACCCCCAAAGCAGCCGUCCGGCCCGACAGCCGAUUUCAUCGACAAACUGAUUGCCCGCGAGAAUGAGAAGAACCGUCUGAAACGCCAGGCCGCCAAGGGUCGAUGA